ACUCGUGACCAACGCCAUCUAUACAUCUUCAUCUUCAUUUCUAUACCGAAUUAUGGAUAAUAUGGCCGAAGAAAAGGUAGCGGAUGAUGGUAGUAUUAGAAGGUGGCGGGUGAUGAUGUUGGUGAUAUUGUUGAGGGUUCUUGCAUUGUUUGCUACAGCUGCUGCUGCAGUUGUUAUGGCUCUUAGCAAAGAGUCACGCACUUUCGCAGUUCCUACAAGCGGGAAUACUCCCGUUAAGAUCACUAUGACGGCCAAGUUCCAAUACUCUCCGGCAAAUAUAAUGUUUGUAAUAACUAACGGGGUAGCGACUCUUCAUAGUUUAUUGAUGCUAUCACUCAUGUGUUUUGUUAACAAUAAAUAUGAUAUCAAGGGCCUACGGUUUAUAACAGUUACUGCAUUAGACAUGGUAACAAUUGCGGUACUAUCGGGUGCAGCAACCACGGUGGCUUUCAUGGGGGAACUAGCUAGAAAUGGUAACUCACAUGCGCAUUGGAACAAAUUUUGCGACAAGUUUGAGAGAUAUUGCGACCUAGGAUCUGGCGCCUUGCUUGCGUCUUCCAUUGGGAUUUUGCUUUUUAUGCUUGUGAACCUAGUCAAUAUCUUUGAACGUGGAAGAUUCAACCCCUAUAAGAAUCCUAUAUCUGCGUGAUUUUUUAUGUGUUUUUAUGAACCGCUACGAUGUAUUAAUCAUCGCAUGAAAAUGAACUAUUUAUUUCUCUA